GACAUACUGUAAUAGAACUUAGAGCCAUUUACCCCAAUCAGAGCUGCUCAUAGAGCCAUCAGGUAUUCAGAAAUAGAUUUCUUUGCGGGAAGGUAUCAUAUUCUAAUAUUAGGCCCUUUGUACUAUAAUGCUAUUCAUUCGCUUCAUUUAACCGAGAAGUGUUUUCAACAGUGCCCCGUCAUAAACUAUAAAUAUAUAUUCAAAAACUAUUCAUAUAAUUAAUUAAAAAUAAAAUACUUUUGUUAUUUUGUUAAACGAUUUAAGAAUUCAAAAUAAUGGACGUGACCAGGAAAUGGCCUGAACGAUUUUUUAUUAGUUAAUAAGACAUGAUAGUGCUGUUACUGUGCUGUAUGAUGAAGUUGAUUGAGUUUUCCACCGGGAAACCCGAUGGGAAGAAGCAGAGAAGAAAAUUAUAUAGAAAAAGGAGAGGUAAAGCAAUGAAUGACUUGGGCGUGGGCGGUGGAGGAAAAAUUCUUGCCCAUAGCCCAGGGUCGGACUGCAACAGCAAUCAUCAUCUUUCCUCCAACAGUUGCUUCAGCUCUACAUCAACCCAAGAUAUAGACUUCAUUCAAGACAAUUCAGAUUACCAAUGGUUUUUAGAUUACAAUUACAGAGAUGGCAGUACAAACCACCAUACGAGUAUUCUAUCUCUGUCGGAAGCGUAUGGAGGAAAUGGGGUGGUGCAAGGGGGCGACAUUCGUUAUUACGACGCUUUGGCAAAAAACAUGGACGCCAACUUGGCGGAAGCGGACAUGGAGAGCUUCCGAACGGAAGAUAUACAUGCCCUUCUAACUAAUUUACCGACCAUGUGCACAGAUCCCUUAUCUCAAGAGUGUCCCAGGCAAUACAUUCUAUACGGAUCUUCCCCUUUUUCUCAGACGAUCAGCCGUCAUGGAGAGUCCUUUGCCUCGGUAUCGGGUUCGAUGUUGGCUAAAUUUGACUUUGAAAGUUCUCUAUCUCCACACUCGAAUUCCCAGUGCGAUGGUGGCGACUCGGCCAAUUCAAUGUCGAUCUGUAAAUCUGAGCUGCUUUUUAGCCCUAUAAAAGAAUCACCGCCUUUCACUGCAGGCGUCGGGAUUGGCGGCUUCGGGGGCAAUUACAGCGUCGAUUCUCUGGAUUGUGGCGACUUUAUGAGCGAGCAAGAUAUCCUUUUGACCUGUCAGGCAAACAAAGACAACUACACGAUUGCUUUUGAGGGCUCCAUCACCAUGUACUCAGAAGAUAGCGAUUUUCACGAAAGUGAAAAAAGUAAUUCAGCUUCGGGGGUCAGUAGUUCUCGUUGCUCUGGAGAGUUGAAGAUGCAUGUAAAAAAUCCGAAAGUUACCAACAUCUCGAUGGCUCAGUCUGAUUCGGGCGGUUUUACCACUUGGAGCAACUUAAAGAAACGGAACAGCGAAAACCAGUUGAAGAGACGUCCAUCGGGUAACAACAAUUCCGAAGAAGAUACCAACAACGAUUACAAUCACACGGACAACGUCCUCAAGAGUCAAAGUAUGCCCGAUCUAUGUAAACAGAAACGGUAUGCCACAAACGAUGCCAAAAACCAAAAUUUCAUAAUUACCCACCAAAUGGAUUCGAUUAUAUCGUCAGAAAAGAAACCAGUCAAGGUUUUCGACAUUCAGCAUCAAAUAAGGAGUUGUAGCGGAAGUGGAGGUAGCAUCUUAUCGGACAUGGCAACGUCUACUGAUGGUACAGUCAGUUCCACAGAACAGGCAUCGAAACAUCAAAAACCGAACUUAAACUUGGUGAAACUCUUCAUGAAACAAAAGAGUGUCAGUGCUGAAGGAAUGUCAUUAGGAAUGGAUCAAUCGAGAACAACUAACAACAGCGAAACGCAUUCAGCAAACAGCAGUCAGUUUUUGGAUUCAAAACAGGAAAGUCAAACAGAACCAGACAGGAACGAAUGCUUUGAAGACAGCCUUCUGGUUUGUCAAAAACCGAUAGAAACAUCUCACAGAACGCACGAGCUCAUUGUUGAAGAAGACGAAGAGGUUUCGCGAAGCGAAUCCAUCGAACAGCUCACCGAAAGCUUUUCAAAACUUGACUUGACCGACAAUAGUUACCGCGACCCUAGUCCAAUUGUUACCACUAGUAAUAAUAACAAUAAUCCGUCUGUAGCCACCAAAAAUGUUACCAGUUCACCUAUUAAGAAGAUUGCUGAAACAAGGAUUCGAAGAACAUCCACAGAGGUCCCUGCACAUCUGAUCAACAGAAGUAUUCAAACAUCUUGUUAUGUGGACACCAAUUUGAAGAAUGCGCCUUACAAACUUAACUGCAAUAGCGCCAAAGAAUUUGUUAAAGUUGUUGAACCUUCGUUUCUUACAAAAUUAAAAAAAGAUUCUGAAGUCAAAAAACCAGUAUACGUUUUAUACCCAAAUUAUGUGCUGCCCGAUUUAAAUUUUCUUCACGGCAAAGAGGAUAUCGCCAAAGUGUUACUAAUGCCACACAAAAAUCCUAAAGAAUUGAGACAUAUUGACAGGAAACGACCUGUAAGUUUCAACGAUGUAGAAGCUCUUCGGGAAAAAGGUUUCUCACAUGUCAAGGAUUGGGAUUCAUUAAACUUCCUGCUUCCAACAGAGUACAGGAAAAUAUUGGCUGAUGUACCAGAGGUGGCAACCAAACUGAAGAAUAAAGAUGACAUUCUCCUGGGAAGUUUGAAACCAUCUUUCUGUCAAUCGCCGCCAGUAAGCAGGAAAUCGAGACCUGCAAGUUGCGAUUGUGCCAAAUUAAUGAACAGAACCAACAGUCUCGAAAGAGUAUCUUCAUCGUCCAGCGUUACAACACAACCCAGUUCUGGAUAUAGAGGCUCUUCAACCAUUCUCACAGAUUCCCAGAGUAGUCCCGCCAAUCCCAACAACUUAAACCCACUAUUUGUUUAUCGCUACGAUAGUGUAACGAGUUCAGAAGCAAGUCUAAUGGUUAGUGAAAGAAAUCGAUCGAUUACCACUAUAGCUCCACCAUAUCCAAAAAGAUCGUUAAGUUUGGAAAACAAAGCGGAAAUAGUACCACCUCGACCUCCUCUACCCAAAAGCAUAUUAAGAAGGAGCCUCGAAACCGUGAAAUCUCGGAAAUUGGGCGACCAAAACAAACGAUUCAGCAUGUUCGAAGCGAUGGAAGAAGAGAUCGACUAUGAACAAAACCAGAACAAACGUUAUUCGAUGCAGGAACAAUUCACAUUUAACAGGAAUAAACGGAUAAGUGAGACGGAAGACGAAGGUGUAGAUGCAGGGACAUCGAGUAGCAGUUUGGACGAACCGCAGUGUAAAUUGGUGUCUUCUCCUAGAUUUAAAACGGAAUUACCUUUACAUAAAGUGAAUUACGAAGAACUGGCGCAAUUGGAAGAAUAUCUCAAAAUGAGCGGGUUUUCGUCAUCAGAUCCAGAUGAUUUAGACGAAGAAGGAAUGAUGCAAUUGAGAUCGUACGUUGCCAAGUUUCUGGCGUUGAAAAUCAACCAAAGUUCCAGCGAGAAUUCCGAAGGGAAGAAGAUUGUUAGUUUUGCCGAAAGGAUUAAUGUUAAUGUAGAAACAAAACCGCCAAACAAUUCUCCAAACGUCUCGGCUCUAUUGUCACAAAAACAUCAUCAUUACCAUGGGAAGACUAACGCUGACGACUCCGUUGGUAAAAAAUCUUACGAUCUAAGUCAGAAGCGUUCGCUGGUCGCUGCAGUCACGGAUGCUGUUGAAAAGAUGGUCACACACUUCUCUCCGGCUUCCAAUCAAGAAGAACUUAACGCGUUAGGUGACUCUUCGGUGAAUCCCGCUUGUGCAAAGCUUGCUCUUUCGACCCUCUGUCCUGCCUUAUACGCAAUUCUCAGCGACGGAUUAAAACCCUCAUUGGACACUACGUUUGGACCCAUUAACAAUUCUGUGUGGCAAGUUGUCGAGGUUUCGUCUCACCAAGGUCCUCUUACCAAAGCCCUCAACGAAUUGGUUAUGAGAAUAAACACCGAAGAUACAAUUACCGAGGGUCUAGUAAAAUUCAACGCCUUUAUCUUUGGAUUGCUCAAUGUCCGAUCUCUGGAUGCCUGGUUUAGUUACUUAAGGACGAGAGAGAGCGUUCUAAAAAAGCAUUACGAGCAGGAUUCAUUAUUAGUCCUUGCUCACACUGGCAGUGUCAGCGUUAGAGGACUUAUGGACACACUUAUUACGACUUUGGAGCCUUUAGCAUUGUUGCCUUUCCGAUUCGAUCUUCUUUUUGAACAUCGUCAACUGCACGAAAGUCUGAAAAGGAUGGACUCAUACCAGCAACCUUUGAGCCCAUCUCACCCCAAAUCUCCUGGUUUUAAAACAUCUAAACAGUGGACCUUCUCUAAGUUGUCAAGUCAUUCGAACUCUGACACCGAUGAGGUUUCAGCAGCCACGGUCCAAUAUUUCUCUCCAAAACACGCUCCUCAAUCUCCUAUAAACGCAAGACCCAAAACGUAUCCUGAGAGGCCGAGAUCUUGCACCGAUUCCAACUUCUCCAAACCGACUUUUAAAUUGGGCGAUGAUGUUACAAAGAAGAGAUGGUCCGGAAUUUCUCCGACGUCAAAGUUAUUUCAAGCCUAUGAUAGACUGGCAAAGGAAGACGAUGAAGAUUACACCGAUAGUUUAGAAACGUGUCCACAAAAGAAAAAGUCCGAACGAGAGGGUAACCAGGAAGACGAAUGCAGUUCCAAUGAAGAAGUUGUUCAACUUCCAGAAGAAGGUCCUGAUUCCUUGGAUUCAAAUCUAUCCGAUUCAAAGCCGAUUAAUGGCAGGAGAUUUAAAAAAUUACAAAUGAAAUGGGAAAUGCUAAGUGGGAAAGAAUCAACAAGUUCCGGGGGAAGUCCUCCGCAAUCUCCGACCCACGGGAAUAAGUCAAAGAUUCCUAGACCGGUUACGUCUCCCAACAGACCUUCAGGCAUUCCUGUUGCUGUGAAUAAUAUUAACAAGACUACUGGCAAAAAGGCUGUGACACCCCCUGGAACUUCAACAACCAAAGCCAUUGGACAAACAAGGACUCCUGGUGGCAGUAAUGUAGCAAAGAGUAACGCUGGACUCAAGAAAAACUCGCCUGCUACUAGGACAAGUAGAUUGGAUCGCCUUGAAAAUUAUGAAGAAUCUCCACGACCCAUGACCAGGCCCAGCAGUCUUCCGUACAAACCUGGUAAUAAUCGUUCCAACAAAUCUUUACCACCCCGAAGAGCGGUGUCCAGUUCUGUUGGUAGAAAAACAACCAGCCCAAAAGUGCAAAUACCAAAAAAGUUGUCGACAUCAAAAUAUAAGAAAGUUAGGAAAACAUGGAAUGGUUUUCAGAAUGUGCAUGUUGAAAAGAGAUACGUUAAGGCGUUAUCUCAUCGAUUGCCUUCUGAAAGCGGUCACUUGAGUUACAACACUGGCGAUCAACUAAAAGUAAUUUUAGAAGUUGAUCAGAAAUGGUUGUUGUGCUGCAAAGGCAGUCAAAAAGGUCUGGUACCUAAAACUGACGUUAUUGCUGACAAUGAACGUUUCUGAGGGUACCUUAAAUCAAACCAGUUUCCACCUUAAAAGAAAUAAAAUGAAAGGGACUCGUAAAGGGGUGGAACUGCGUUUGGUAUUAUUGUAUUGUAAUGUAAAAAGGGUUAUUUAUUCUAUUUUCAGUGGUGUAAAUCUGAUGUUUGUUGUUUUUUCUUUUGAGUUUCUAUACCACUACAUUUACAUGGUGCUUUAGUUUUUGAGCGAAUGAGAACGUGUAAUAGAAUUUUGAAAGGAAAAGGCUCCACUUUGUACUGUCACACUUAAGGAAUUGACAAAAGUCCAGUUCCUUUCUAAUAAUAAUAAUAAUAAUAUUGUUGAUUAAUGAGGAAAAGCAAUGCUCAAUAAUAUUUUUGCGAAAAGUGACUGAAAAUUUUGCGCUUGGGUUCAGUUUUUACCAUUACACGCUGUUAGUAAUAAUAAAUAAUAUCAUUACGUGUACCAUUAACUUAUUAUUGUAUUUGACAGUAUUUAUUUAUAAGGGUCUGUACAGUCUGUAGCAAAAAAAAUCAUCAGAAGUCAAGAUGGGUUUUUAGUUUAAUACUGCAUGGCCUUUUUCUGCUUUUUAUUUUAUUUGUUUGACCUUUGGAAAUUGUUUGGUAGUUGGGUUCUUUUCUUAAUUCUUCAAAAUUUUUCGUAAUGUAUAAUAUUUUUUUGUUAUUUGGGUACUUGUCACAUUAACAUUCCAUUAUUCAUACUUAUAGUGUUUAUCCUUACGGGGGCUCUCAGUUUUAGCCCUUCUGUUAGAUUAAAAAGGGUUAAAAGUGUUCUUUUGUUGACUAAUGUAUAUUCCUUCUCCUUUUACCUCCCAUCCUUGCAUGCUAACGGUGUAUAGGAGCACUGCUUAAGCCUUUUUUGUACUAUUCAGUAGGGUAAAACUUUGUGAACGCCACCCCCAACAUUCCAUCUAGAGAUACCCGAAUAUCAUCAAUUAUUAUAUCCAUCCCAGUAAAUCGAAAGAGGAAUUGUGCCUGUCGUUACUAACAUUUUCCUCCUCCUUCUUACACUUUCCUUGCAUGCUAACGGUUUUAGUGGCACGGUUAUUCCUUCUAUUCGGCGGGAUUUUCUUGGUAAUCGCUUUAUGAAAAUAAAAUUAGGUAAUUUAGAAUGUAGAGAAACCACUUCGUGUAUAAAUUCUAUUGGAUUUAACGUAGAAGUGGUUGUAAUAUUGCGCACCCUUUUGUUUUCGGUUUAAGAUUAAGUGCGAACCAAACUUCCAAAAUAUUUAAAAAGGAAAAUCAGUUUGCUUUGCGCUUUUUUUUUAAUUUUCUUAUUCCAAAUGCACCCCAGUCAAAGUGGACCGAGUAUUCAUGAUAAUACUCGAUGUAGCCACUUCGACUUCAAUAAUUGAUUCGGUCGUCCCUUAAAGACAACUUUUUUAAGGGUCUUAAGGGGCGGCCAAAAUAUCAUCUUUCCUUUUAUUAAUAUUAUUUGCAUCGACUGCAUAUUAGUGGUUUUGUUCUUUAUUUAUUUCUAGGUAAUUGUCCACUUAUCAUUUAUUUAGUUAUGCACUUGUUUUUAAAAUAAUUUUCUGUUGGUUUGUUUCUUUUGGUAUUUUAUUUCUCUCUGAUAUAUAAACAUAUAUGCUGACUUCUGAUGGUAUUUUUUGCAAAAUAGAAAAGAAAAACAAUAAUCAAAAAUAAAUUAGUAUCUUAUAUUUAAUCUGCUUAUAAUCUCGAUAUACAUAAUGUGUUAUCUAUCUCCCUGUCCCAAUGCUAUGUGUAGUUAUUCUGAUAAUGCUUUAAUUUGCGCAUAUUUAAGUAUAUCCCCUAAUCUACUAUUAAAAUCAUCUAAGCAAGUACUUAAAGCAGUUCACUGAAUGAGAAUAGAGGCCUUUUUUAACGAAGAUGAUUGAAACAAAAUUAAAUAAUAUUGUACUUUCGAAAUUAAUAAUAACACGUCGACGUGGCGCUUUUUUUGCAUGGAAGUAUUAAUUAUCACUUUUGUAUUAAUUAGCUUUUACUGUCUUAGAUAUAUUUAUUAUUAUAAUAAGGAUAAAUAGUGUCUAAUUGAAUAAAUGUAGUUGUUUAAAGAACGAGUCCACACAGUUUGCUUUUGUGAUUUGUAAAUACUGAAACCAAAGAGAGACUCGAAACGAUCGACAUGUCGCGAAAAAUAUUUUGAUAUUAAGUUUUAAUUUUUGUUUGCAUUUCGGGAUCAAACUGAAAAGUAUUAACGAAAGUUAGUAGUGCCAUACACAUGUACGAGGAGAAGAAAUAGAAUGUGAAUUUUUGAGUUUGAACUUCAUUUAGUUUAUUAAACAAAAAUUUUUAUUUAAUGUAUUAGAAAAUUUGCUGUUAAUGUACAGAUAUUCACUCAAUAAAAUAUUUUACUUCAAACUGA